AUGUCGCUGUGGAUUCUUGAUCCUGCUGGACGUGAUGCAACUGUUUUGAGAGAAGCUCUAAGUGGUGAAACUGUGGAUCUGAGAGCAGCCACUGAGAUUAUAUGUUCCAGGACACCAUCACAGUUGCAAAUAAUGAAACAGACUUAUUAUGCUAGAUUCGGUACAUAUCUUGAGCAUGACAUUGGUCACCACACAUCUGGCGAUCACCAGAAGCUUUUACUUGUCUAUGUGGGGAUUCCACGCUAUGAAGGUCCUGAGGUUGAUCCUACCAUUGUGACACAUGAUGCAAAGGAUUUGUACAAAGCUGGUGAGAAAAGGCUGGGCACGGAUGAGAAGACUUUUAUCCGUGUUUUCACUGAACGCAGUUGGGCACACUUGGCAUCUGUUUCUUCUGCUUACCAUCAUAUGUAUGACCGGAAAUUAGACAAGGUUAUCAAGAGCGAAACAUCUGGAAACUUUGAAUUUGCACUUUUGACUAUCCUCAGAUGCGCGGAAACCCCAGCAAAGUAUUUUGCUAAGAACCCUGGUCAGUUUAAAGUGUAUUCUGGUGGACUUGCAUGGAAGAGACAAGGUGGAGGAAAGACCAUUGAGAUUGACAAAGCUGAUGUAACCGCAGUUACUUGGAUGAAAGUCCCCAGAGCAUAUCAGCUUGGAGUCAGGAUUAAGGAUGGCCUGUUCUACAGAUUUAUUGGCUUCCGUGAACAGGUCCCCCCUCUCCGCGCGUGCCUUUAA